AUCGCCUGCGGGGCUCCUGUGCUGCCUUGCUGGGAGGUGACGGAGGGCUUUCUCACAGAGAGCACCAAGCACCAGGAGACUCACCUCACAAAAAAAAAAAAAAAAAACACCACAGAAGUCGGGAGUUGAACAUUAUUUAUAAACGCUCUUUAGCCAAGCGAGUAGCGACCCCGAGGACUUGUUGUUUCUGUGUACCGCUGGCACGCUUCAGUGACGAGCACGCCGCCGCCGCCGCCGCCGCUGCCCGCUUGCUGUUAUUGUGGGAAGAAAAACAAGCUAGUCCGCUAAAGCUGUGUGAUCAUUGACAGAGUUCAAUACACACAAGCUGACUGUGAUAACCGGCGGAGGCGGCCUGCUUCUGGAGCUCUUCGGCAACUCGCGGUUGGAACGAUUCCCCUGAAAGCUGAGGCACGUUGUACAAUUGUUCAGUCCUGACUCGCUGUCACUGCGUCAACCAGUAGUUCUAACAGUUUGCACCAGCUGGUUCGCCGCCCCCUCCCAACCCAGACAGUCUUCUGCCCCAGCAUGAAUGAAGUCAGCGUUGUGAGAGAGGGAUGGCUCCACAAGAGAGGUGAGUACAUUAAAACUUGGAGGCCUCGUUAUUUCAUCCUAAAGAGCGACGGCUCUUUCAUCGGCUACAAAGAGAAGCCCGAAGUUUCCAGCGAUCACAGCCUGCCGCCUCUCAACAACUUCUCCGUCGCAGAAUGCCAACUGAUGAAGACAGAGCGGCCCCGGGCCAACACGUUUGUCAUCCGCUGCCUGCAGUGGACCUCAGUCAUUGAGCGCACCUUCCACGUAGACAGCAACAAUGAGAGGGAAGAAUGGAUGCGAUCGAUCCAGGCGGUGGCAAACAGCCUGAAGAGUCAGCAGCAUGAUGAGGAGCCCAUGGAGAUCAAGUUUGGUUCGCCGAGCGACAGCAGCGGCGCAGAGGAGAUGGAGAUCGCCAUUUCCAAAUCCCGCUCCAAAGUGCAGACCAUGAGUGACUUUGACUACCUGAAGCUGCUGGGCAAGGGGACGUUUGGCAAAGUGAUCUUGGUGAAAGAGAAGGCCACCGGCAUGUACUACGCCAUGAAAAUCCUCCGCAAAGAAGUCAUCAUUGCUAAAGACGAGGUAGCACACACGGUGACAGAAAGCAGAGUCCUGCAAAAUACGCGGCAUCCCUUUCUCACAACGCUAAAGUAUGCUUUUCAAACAAAUGACCGGCUAUGCUUUGUGAUGGAGUAUGCAAACGGAGGAGAACUGUUUUUUCACUUAUCCCGUGACCGAGUGUUCACAGAAGACAGAGCCCGAUUCUAUGGUGCAGAAAUAGUCUCGGCCCUGGAGUACCUCCACUCGUGCAAUGUCGUUUACAGGGAUUUAAAGCUGGAGAACCUGAUGUUGGACAAGGACGGCCACAUAAAGAUAACAGACUUUGGCCUGUGCAAAGAAGGCAUCACAGACGGCGCCACCAUGAAAACCUUCUGCGGAACUCCAGAGUACCUGGCACCUGAGGUACUGGAGGACAAUGACUACGGCCGAGCGGUGGACUGGUGGGGCCUGGGCGUGGUCAUGUACGAGAUGAUGUGCGGCCGCUUGCCCUUCUAUAAUCAGGACCACGAGCGACUCUUUGAGCUCAUCCUCAUGGAAGAGAUCCGCUUCCCCAAGAACCUGGCUCCCGAAGCCAAGGCGCUGCUGGCCGGCCUGCUCAAAAAGGAUCCCAAGCAGAGGCUCGGAGGCGGGCCCGACGAUGCCAAAGAAGUAAUGACACACAAGUUCUUCACCUCCAUCAACUGGCAGGAUGUCUUGGAGAAGAAGCUCGUCCCACCUUUCAAACCCCAGGUAACCUCAGAGACGGACACAAGAUACUUCGAUGACGAAUUCACAGCACAAACCAUCACAAUAACCCCUCCAGACAAGUAUGACACUUUAGACACAGACGACUCAGAUCAGCGUACGCACUUCCCUCAGUUCUCCUACUCGGCCAGCAUACGGGAAUAGCGGCUCAGACUUUUGACCAAGCAGGCAGGCUAACACACGACCCCAAUCUCACGUACGCACUUGCACUGCUGAGGACAAAUCGAAUGACACACACACACACAAAAAACUGGCACAAGACACAUUUUCAUCCAGUCUUUCUCACACACACACACACACACACACACACACACACACACACACACACACGCACAAAAACACACGAGACCAGCAAGCAGAGAAUCAUUGUACACGAUCACCACGCAGUCUUGCGAGUGACGGACCUCAGCAGGUUUUUGCGUGGACAGACGGGCAGCUUAGUCUCCGUACGUACAUCCUCUCAGGGGGGCGACCUUGGGCGUCCCUGUAGGACCUCCGCUGCACUACACUGGGCAACACAUCAGAGCCUUGACACUUUGAAACCAGGUUAUGCCAGCAAGUACCACCUUGUAGACACACACACACACACUCGCGUAGGCAACUACAUCUUAGCAUACACACCUUGUCGAUACCGUUUUUUUUAAAGACAGGGGGAAACUAAUGUAUAAUCACAAUUGGAAGAAUGGAAGAGAGAUUGGGGAUGAUUGACCAAUUUAGCUUCAUCGAUUGUUACGGUUUUAAAUAUAAAGCCAUAUUUCUGCAAUUUAUUAUUAUUUUUUUUUAAAUAAGUGCUCUUUCUGGAACUUGCUGUUACAAAUCAAAUGUGUGUGUGUGUGUGCGCGUGGUGAGGUUGUCAUUUCUGUGUAUGCACUGCGCGUGUGUUCACGUCCGAAUGAAUGUGCGAGAGAACCCGAUGAACAAUCAUUUUUUGUUUUGCAACCAUCCAUCUUGUGUCUGUUUUUCCUUGAGGAUGAUUUAAUUUAAACACCGACAAAUAAAACAAUGGAUGCUGGAAGAUGGGCAAAGUGAGGACACUACACCUUCUAAAGGGAACAAGCGUGUUAUUUAUGGAAAAAGCAGCGAGCGACUGAGCGAUAAAUUGACUCUCUAUGGCUUCUUUUGCAUGGCUGUUUUACCUUGCAUUGCUUUAAAAAAAAAAAAAAAAGUGUGACGCAGCAAGGACGAGCCUAAACGAGAGCUUAUAUUUUACUCUUUAUUGCUGGAGAACAUGCUGGCUAAAAUUUGCUAAAGGACAAAUCAUUUGUCAUUCUUUAAUCCCCCCACCCCCCUUUUCUUUAUUUGUCCAUGUGUCAUGUUUAAGUAUGCAUUCUAUAAAAUAUAUACUAAAAUGUUUUAAACUGCUUUCUUUUUCAUUGUCAUUCAAGGCAGGGGUUUUCAAAGUGCGGGCCAGAAGACUUCAGGGGAGGCGCUAAAGCCUGAGAAAAAUACAGAAAAACGUCUUUUAGCUGCUAAGCUAAAUUGAAUUUAAAGGUGAGAUUAUUUGACUUUAAGUAAAGACUGGGGUGAGCAGAAAACGGCCCAAAAUAUGUAAAAAAAAAAAAAAAAAAGACGCUUUGUGUCUAGAAUUGUGCGACUUCAUUAUAUCAGCAUUUAUAUUAGUUAAAGGGAUAGUUCAGAUUUUUGGACAUGAAAUUGUAUGACGUCCCCAUCAGCAGUGUAGUGUAUCACCGGUGAUACGCCACACUUGCGCUCCUUGGAACAGACGUUGCGGCGCGUUCUCCACAAACUGCUGUAGCCAAAUUCUUGCCCUCUUUCGUCUUAAUCUGCUGUGCGGCAUCAUUUGUUUAAGAAAAUAUUGACUCCCGUUGCACGAAAUCCUUGCAACUGCCAGAAGCGCGACAAGGGGCCCGCCCACUGCCUUAAUCUUUACUUCAGGAAACACACGGAAAUGCAUGUGAUGUCGUGCUUUUGUGCAUGCGCAUCACUUCCAGGAUGCUUUGCCUUCACGUUGACAAGUCUAUAUGAAUGACCACAUAAAAAAAAUCAGAUGUUAACAUAAAGUCCGAAUUGUGCAUCAUACCCUGCAAUGUCAACGUAGCCUAGGUGUUAGUAAUGUAACCGUAAUGUUCGAUGAGACACACAGGCUUUUAUUGCACGUUUGAAUGAUCUAACAGCAGUCAAAAUAAUCCCAAAUAAAAACACGGGCGACCGUAACCCCUGCCAAGAUGAAACUCAACUCUGAACCCUCAACGUCACUUCCUGUCCAAGCUCCCCUAGCACCGCAACACACACGAACGACUGCAUAAACGCCUUAUUUCUGCCUUUAAAUGGCUUAUUUACCUGAAUUAUGUCGACUAUAUUGAGUAAUGAGUGUAAAGGUGAUUACAAGGGUGUUAUUUCAUGGCUAAAGCUCUCUAACAAUGUUAAAAACUAUUUUUAGAAGGUUGGAAACAGGGUUUCUACGCAGAAAUUCACUUAUCAUGGUUGUGUCUGGAACCAAUUAACCGUGGUAAAUGAGGGAUUAUUGUGUUAUGUUGUGAAGGAGGGGUAUCGAAAGUGCGUAUUUUCAGACCACAGCUCGUAUUUUAUUUGCAUAUUCUGAAAAGUACAUAAAUGAAUUAUUAAUAAGCUAUAUUAUUAGAUGUAACACUGAUUUUCAUUGUCACCAGUGACACAAAAGCUUAGAUGUUGUUUUCUUUAACGCUGUUAAAUUAUUAAAACGUUUAAUCAGAUUAAUCAGGGAUUUCAAAUGACUUAAUCAUGAUUAAUCGACAUUUGUAACAAUGUCUGAAAUAUGCCCAUUUUUACUGUAUUUUACUGAAAGAAAGAUAAAUGGAUUAUAUAUAUUUGUAUGUAUUAACAGCUAAAAAUUAACAGAAAAUUUAAAUCAAGCUAAAAGAUGCCACACAUGUCUUAAAUCUAUUUACGUGACACUAGUUUCUUCAAUAGUAGCAGAGCAUUUGCAUCAGACUUCAACCGUGUUGUCAUGAGCAAUGAGGGGUUGCGUUCAAACACACCACGUCAUGGAAGUUGAAUUCUCCAUUUUCAGUGUAUUUUAGAGUUACAAAGCGAGCGAUAACAACAUCCACUUAUUGUUUUUCUUUAUUUGUCUGUUUAUUUAGAUGCUUAAUACAGACAGCAUCGUACUUUUCGGAGUGUCCCCGAAUGCCUCUCGCGGUCGUGUAGUGACAAUGAGGAAGUGUCGUUCCGACGACAAAGGGUUGGAGAUACAUAAAUGGUGUUGGAAUUGCGCUGCUGUUGAUGUGUUCAGGUCAGAAUAAAGUUACAAAGCAGCAGCGGUCUCUGUGGGGGAACUACACUGUGCCGCCGUUUGUCGUCACAACCAUGAGAUGUGGCAUAUGUGUUCAUUACUAGGGGUGUAACCAUUAAUUUGAAUAACCAUUUGAUUUAUAUCAGGAUUCAUGGUCGCCGAUACGAUUCAAGGACGAUAUUCGUUCAUUUGCAUCCAAAACCAUUCAGUAACUUUAAAUCGAUUCAGUAACGUUUUAGCCAAAAAUUCAACCAGUGUGACUGAGAAAUAAAUAGCUGGAUAUUGGACAGUGCAGAUGAAGUUUCCUAGAUUCCCAUUGGUUUUUUUAAGGGACUCGGGUAUAAAUGAUUAAUAAUGCUGACAUACUUAAGAAUAAAUGAUCAAUGAGUUGAAAAUGCAAUACAAAAUCAGGCUGAACAGAUGUGAUAUAGCUUGCAAUGACCAACUAUUUACUUUAAAUAGAGCAAUCCACACCUGGACUUUGCGCCCAAAGUUGAGGGACAUUAUGUAAAUUCCUCAGCAAAUAAAUGUGGUAUGGUAUCUUACUUUCUCACCUGAUCAGAGCAGCCAUUUGAAAGAACGGUGCAGCAACUAGCAAGUAAUGUGGCCUCCUUGUACCUUUUGCCGCUGAGAGUGUCGGGAUGGGUCCUCCGUCUUCAUAAUGCACUUAACAGAGACACUGAACAGGAUACUGUGGUGUGUUGGGUUUAUUAUAAUGUUGUAAAGGGAUGGCACAUGGUGUGCAGCAAUGUAAGCAAAUGUGGAAAUUCAAAAGAAGAAUAAAUAACAAGCGCGGGUGUAAAUGUGUGACACAAAUAAACGGUCAACCAAAAUUGCCGCUUCCCAGCCUUUCCUAUCUCCUCCUUCCUCCCCGGCACAAGCAAGUGCCAUUUAUUGCUUCCGCGUACGUAAGCGUAUGUUUUGUCAGCGCUGGAUCAUGACGUCACCAAGCGACCCUGCUGCUGGACCGUAAACUACCAUCUAGAGGCGUACAAAACGUCCUUGCCCCAUACUUGUCAUUUCGAAUGAGGACAGAUGAGUUAAAUAUGAAUACUGAAUGAAGUGAAUGAACCGACCAAAAGAAGAAGCAAAUCAACUGCAUUUCACAGGUAAACUACAACUCCCAUGACCACCACGUACCUGGAAGACCACGACGUCACAGACAGAGGCUGAAUGUCUUUAUCGUCUUUAUCAUCCAUAUAAAGCCUGCUGUGCUUAAAUCCAAUGCCUCGAUAGUAUCGAUUCAAUCGAUUGAUUACAUUUUAAACGAUGUUAGAAUGAUACUGUAUAUGCUGUCCGGAAUGGAAACUUGCUGUACACAGAUCGAUGUAGUUGGAUCAUAGGAAUCAGUGCUUCGAUGUAGUGAAUGAGUCGUUACACCCCUAUUAAUUACACGUUUAAAAAAAAAAGUGUGUAAUUAAGAAAAUAAAUUAAUUACGGUCGUAUUUUUGACAGCCCUAGUUUUCUUUCAGUAACUUAGCAUAUACAGUAUUGACCUACAUUGGAUUGAUUUUAGCAUCUUUAAUGCACAAAAUCAAUCAAAGAGGCCUCCUGCAUCCUUGCUGGAAAAAGUUAGGACAUCACGGUGCCACACUUUGAAAACCCCCGAUUUACGGGGUUUCCCCGCCUCAUCCCGUUUCGCUUCGACUACAUUUACAGUGACGAUUCCUCAUCGCCGAACGAAUCAUCGCUCGCCAUUCUCAUGAACUCUCUUUAUUUAAUGUCGUUUUUGUGUGAGUGACAGCACGCAUGUUUGAGUGAAAGACAAAAAAAACAAAAAAAAAACAAGCAGCAGCAGCAUCAUCAAUCGACUCAAACGGCUUUGACUCUCCAGCUGACAACUGCAGCACCUCGUCUCACUGACAUCAGAACCACUGCACUGAUGGACUCCACUGUGGAUUUGCCUUCUACCACGGCCGUAAGGGGGAGCUGCUGAACUUUUAAUUUUUUUAAAAGAAUAUAUAUAUAUAUUUUUUGUGGUUGUGAAGCCAUACAAUCAACCUUGCUGCUGACCACGCUUUUAAGCAAUGCUUCACGGCUGAACAUGCAAGUCUCCUGUAGGGCAUACGCUGGCACAACAAGUGCCUCGUCACUAUUGUGUAAAUACCAAAAGAAUAUUAAAAAAAACAAAUCAGCAUAUGUAGAGUGGGAGGCUUGUUUUGUUUUGUUUUUUUUAACUGAAUUGCAGCUUUAUGUUGCUUGUGCAUUUGAAUGUGAUCAUCAGUCCCGAAUGUCACCUGAUGCUGGUGUAACAGACUUUUUCUCCCUUUUUCGUUUGCUUGUUGCAGUUAGUUGAGGCUCACAGAGCAAUUAAAAUAAAAAAAAUAAGCAGUCCUUUUAGGGCAGGACAUUAGACCAACCCCUCUUUUUGCAAGACUUCACAAUGUAACAGGUGAAACCUGCUACAGUAUGGUAGCCUACAUGACAUUUGCAAUGAUGAUGUGCCAGUAAACUUAUUACUGAACCAA